GACUCUUUGACCAUCCCCACCUUCAGGUAUAACCACCACUAGACCCCUUCUACUUCACCUUAUGAGACUACCUUCUCGCUCUUUGCGGAACCCAUUUGACAUUUACGGUCAAGUCUGUUUCCGACGAUCAAGAGUCUCAUCUGGCCCGAUCUGGCUUACUCAUUUCUAGCAAUUGAAGGCUGUCCUAGCCGAGCCGUUGCAGCGAUCCAUCUGACCAAAACCUUUAUCACUUGAACAAGCCACCAUACAAUCUUGUCCAUUCAGCAACAUGUCUGGGUCCAAGACCAUACGAUACAGUACCCACAGGGAUUGGGAGCUCUGGCAACGGGACUACAGAUUGACAGCUAUGACCAACAACGUUUGGAGAUAUUUGCGGCCGGACAAUCCCGACGAACCACCUGCAGAGACCCCUAUGCCUGCCUCUAACGCCUACGCGAUGGAUGCAGACGGAAGAGCCGCCUACCAUAUCGACCUGAUGGCGUGGGAGAUACGUGAACGAAUCUGUGAAAAGUACGCACGCGGGAUAGCUGCUGUUCACCGCUGGCAGGAAGAGUCCAUCGCCCAGAAAAAAUGGAAGGCCCUAUUGGUGGGAACGACGCCGCAGGAGGUGUAUGAAGCUGUACGCACAGAUGCCGCCGGAUGUCGCAAGACGGACGCCGUCAACUCCUAUCAGCAGCACCUCCGCAAGCCUCCGAAUAAACCCAAGAAGGUCAUGGACUGGAUCAACGAGUGGUCCCUGCUUAUAAACGAGUGUCACGACGUAGGCGUCUUGACCGACCCUGUCGUGUGGUGUAACGACUUCUAUCACUGCCUACUCCCCUUAACAGGCCACUGGGUGGACGCGCUGCGGCGUCUCAUCGACCUUAAAACGGUGACCCCCGGAGACCUCGCGAUGGAGGGGAAGAGGUACGCCGAGGAACGGAUCAACCUGCCGACAAUCGCGAGGCACCGCACAGCCGCCGUCCCGGCCCUCGCCCUCGCCAGUGGGGAGACGGGGAAACAGGAAUCCUCGUCUUCACAGGCGCCGGCGGCAGAGCGCCGUAACCAUCGCAGAAGUAGAGGCCGCGGCGGCCGGGAUGCUAGGAAAAACCUCGCACCUAAUCCCAAUUCCGAUGGAAAGCAGCCUAAGCAGCCUGCUAACCGUAACCCAUCCAAACGAAAACAAUCCGACUACUCCUGCGACGAACCGUGCCGCGCGUGUGCAAGACCAUGGCACAACCUAGAGAACUGCUGGUAUAUAUUUCCUGAACAGGCUAUGUCAGGGUGGACACCGGAAACUGCUUCAAACAUAAUGGUGGAGCGGAUGAUUCACUUAGCCCCUGAAUUCAAGGCUGCCGUGGAAGAGGUGAAAGCUCGGAAGAAGGUGAAGGGCGGCAACAGUCCAAUGAUCCGAAUGGCCAACGCGGAAAUCGACAUGUGGAACACCCGUGUGAAAAUAGAAGAUGCGACAUAGCAGGAUUCUAUUUCAAAAAGAGAAGCAAGUUUGAUAAUACUGCGUUGCCUAGUGUCUGUAGCUAUUCCCGUCUUGCCAUUCCAGAAUAUAGCUUCUUUAUCUUAU